UGUGUGGCAAUGUUAUUUUUAGCGCUGGUCGUGACAUCUACUGGCCAACUACGCGACUACUACCACGACCUGCACUUACCUCAUGACCCGCCGCUGUAUCCCGUGUUCGCUCAGCCGCCGCCCACACAAUUCAGCUGUUCUGGUAGAACUAUCGGGUACUAUGCAGAUGUUCAAUCUGGUUGCCAGGCUUUUCAUUUCUGCUGGCACCGGCGUGUGAUAAGCACGGAGCUGUGUACCAAUGGAACAUUAUUUAAUGAACAAUUUCAGGUGUGUGAUCAUUUUUAUAACGUCCGCUGUGGAUCUCCGUAUGAAGAUUUAUAAACUAUUUGAA